AGCACUGGGGAUCUUACAGCCUCGGAUUACUGCACUUUAUCUCAGUCAAGCUGAAUAAAAAAAUACAAAUAAAAAUCACAAACUGAAACGAGCAACGAUGUUCCUCAAAGAAAUAUUCUGCAUACUCGUGACCAGUCUUUACAAUGUGCCUGCUGUUCAGGGUGGUGACUGGGGAGUGCAUUAUCCUCCGCAAGAGAUGUGUGCAUUGAGAGGAUCCUCUGUGGUCAUACCCUGUACAUAUGAUUAUCCUGAAAGCUUUAAGGGCACAGUUUUAACUGUAGUAACUGUGAAGUGGUUCGGUAUUACUGAUCGAGACAGAUACGUGUAUGACAGCACUGGGAUCAAUGUGAGUCCUGAAUAUGAAAACCGGACAGAGUAUCUGGGGAACAAAGUGAAGAACUGCACGCUACAGAUACGUGAUCUGCAAAGCACUGAUGCUGGCAGAUAUUAUUUUAGAUUUGAAACAAAUCAACCUGAUGGUAAAUGGACUGGUGCCUCUGGAGUGUCCCUUUCAGUAAUUGUCCAUGAAGAGCCCAAGGUUACCCUGGACCCUCCUGUUCCAGAUCAUACUGUGAAAGAAGGAUCUUUCGUUUCCCUGACCUGUGGCUUUGACCGCUGCACCCUGAGUGAGAGCAGCUUUGUCUGGUACAGGGAGGGGCAGCCAAUCAGCAACGAGAAAUCAAACAAACUUCAGUUUAAUGUUUCUUAUGAGCAUUCUGGGAAGUACUGCUGUGCUGCUGCUGAGAAAAGCAGAAUUAAAUCUGAAGAAAUCAACUUGAUUGUGAAAUACUCCCCAAAGAACACCUCCGCCUCAGUCAGGGCUCCCGGUGGAAUAGCGGAAGGGAGCUCAGUGACGCUGACCUGCACCAGCAAUGCAAACCCACCAGUCAGCAGCUACACCUGGUUCAGGAGGGAUGGAAAUGGGGAUGAGGAGAAAGCUCAUCAGCAGCAUCUCAAUUUCAGCAGCAUCACCUCCAGUAACAGCGGAGAUUAUUAUUGUGAAGCUAAGAAUUCUCUAGGCGCACAGAACUCUUCCUCGGUUCAUCUGAGUGUGACAGACUCCCCGAAGAACACCUCCGCCUCAGUCAGGGCUCCCGGUGGAAUAGUGGAAGGGAGCUCAGUGACGCUGACCUGCACCAGCAAUGCAAACCCACCAGUCAGCAGCUACACCUGGUUCAGGAGGGAUGGAAAUGGGGAUGAGGAGAAAGCUCGUCAGCAGCAUCUCAAUUUCAGCAGCAUCACCUCCAGUAACAGCGGAGAUUAUUAUUGUGAAGCUCAGAAUUCUCUAGGCGCACAGAACUCUUCCUCGGUUCAUCUGAGUGUGACAGGCAGAAUAACAAAUGAAGGAAUGAAAACUAUUCUGGCGAUAGUGGCAGCUUCCAUAGCCUUUGGAAUUCUAAUGCUAGGGAUCAUCGUUUUCAUCAAGAGGAGGAAUAAACCAUCAAUUGAAGAAAGUUUCAACAAUGCAGAAAGCCAGGACAGGACGGAUAACAUUUCUAACAUUGUGGGAGAUUCGAAUCUGCAGGGUCCAGCGGGUGAAGAUGACAUCCAGUACGCAGCCAUUCACUUCCAGCCCAAGAGCCCAGAGCGGAAUAAGCACCAAGAAGAGGAGGAGGAUGCUUCUGUAAUCUACAGCACUGUGGCAAAACCAGCCAAUAAAACUUAAUGUAGAGACCUGACUAAUAUAUCAUGUAUACACAAAAUGUAUCAGAGCACUGGGAUCCCAGAGGGGCUCAAUACAGAAUCAGUGUGGUCUCUCAAUACAGAAUCAGUGUGCUUUCUCAAUACAGAAUCAGUGUGGUCUCUCAAUACAGAAUCAGUGUGGUCUCUCAAUACAGAAUCAGUGUGCUUUCUCAAUACAGAAUCAGUGUGCUUUCUCAAUACAGAAUCGGUGUGGUCUCUCAAUACAGAAUCAGUGUGGUCUCUCAAUACAGAAUCAGUGUGGUCUCUCAAUACAGAAUCAGUGUGGUCUUUCAAUACAGAAUCAGUGUGAUCUCCGUCCCCCCCCCCCCCCUCCACACACACUAUUUACAGUAGCAGAGCUUUGAAUGGAAAGCACAGUUGUCAGAUGUGUAUAUACUGUGGUUCUGUGGUAAAGGGAACAUCUAAGAUUAGGGCUCUGUCCUAUCUGUAAGCACGAUGUUAGCUGUGCUGUUUACAUGAUGAUUAGAAACAGCAACAGGGAAUGGCAGGGCAAGUUUGAAAACUGUAAAAUAACAUAAGAGUAUUAUAAUAUAUGAAUAUAACUAUUCAGAGCAGAUCCCCAAACUAAAGGAUGUUUUAUAAAAAUCUAUAAACUGUAUUGCAAAGUUUAAAACGAGAUUAACAGACUGUGGACAUA